ACCAAGAUGGAGAGAGCUGGCGAGUCAUUCCGAUCUCGCACUCCGAUCUGGGUUACCUGCUGCGAAAACCCUAAUUCGGUCUUCGCCAUUGCCGGAAUCUGAAACCCUGGUUCACUCUCUUCUAUUUUGAAACCUUUAUUUAGUCUUUUUCCAAAAGGAAUCGUAUAUCUUUGAAGAAAGAGGGCAUGGAAGAAUACCCGGAAGAGCUUCGGACUCCGCCAGUAUCUCUCAUAUCUCUGGUGGGAUGUCCAGAGCUUCACUCCUUGAUCUCCACGCAUCUCCACUCCGAGCAACCUCCCAUCAACACGUUGGCGUUGCCUGACUUCUCCGCGAUCUCUAUUAUGAAUCGCUCCAACAAGGAAAUCCGCGUUCCCGUUGCGGGAAUUUUGAAGAGGGAUUGGUUGCUCAAGCAUCGCACCAGGAUUCCUGCCGUUGUUGCUGCUUUGUUCACUUCCGAUCACAUUUCUGGUGAUCCCGCCCAGUGGCUUCAGCUCUGCACCCAUGUCGAAAACCUCAAAGCUGUUGUUCGUGCAAGGAACAUCAAAUUGGUUCUAGUUGUUGUGCAGUCAACUUCUAAGGAUGACAUUAGCGAAGAUCGUAUGAUUGCUCUGCGGAAGCGUGCUGAAUUAGAUUCCAAGUACCUUAUUACCUUCAUCCAAAAUGAUGCUUCAGAACUAAAACAAUCUCUUAACAGGCUGGCAAGUACAUUUGCUGAAUUAGCAAAUACAUACUAUAGGGAUGAAGGACGAAGGAUCAAAACACGUGUUGAAAAGAAGAAUACCAAUUCUGUUGAGUUGAAUAUCCGCUACUGCUUCAAGGUUGCUGUAUAUGCAGAAUUUCGAAGAGACUGGGCUGAAGCUUUGAGGUUUUAUGAAGAUGCAUAUCACACACUGCGAGAGAUGAUUGGGACGGCAACAAGGUUACCAGCAACUCAACGGUUAGUUGAGAUUAAAACUGUUGCAGAGCAAUUACAUUUCAAGAUAUCAACCUUAUUAUUGCAUGGUGGAAAGGUGAUAGAAGCAGUUAAAUGGUUUCGCCAGCACAAUGCUUCUUACAGAAAGCUGGUGGGAGCACCAGAAGUCAUGUUUCUUCAUUGGGAAUGGAUGAGCAGGCAGUUUUUGGUAUUUUCUGAGUUACUGGAGACAAGCUCUGUAACCAUUCAGAGCAGUUCGUCCUUAGUUUUAGGCACUGCGGACAACCCUUUGACUGAGUGGGAAUUGAUUCCAGCUUACCAUUAUCAGCUUGCAGCCCACUACUUAAAGGAGAAGAGGUCCUGCUUGGAACUUGCACUGUCAAUGACAGAAACUGCUGGUGAGAUUGAUGGCACUGCUGAAUCUGUGGUUCCUUCUGUUUAUGUGGGACAAUUUGGUCGAUUACUUGAGCAAGGAGAUGCAUUUUCUAUGCAACCUCUUACAGAUGAAGAGUAUUUCCGUUAUGCUCUGGCAGAGGGAAAGAGGUUCCAAGACUCCUUUGAAAUUAUUGCUCUGCUCAAAAAAUCUUUUGAAUCAUACAGUAAUCUCAAGAUCCAGAGGAUGGCAUCUUUAUGUGGAUUCUUAAUGGGUAGAGAAUAUUUUGCUGUAGGCGACUUCAGUAAUGCAAAAUUGCAUUUUGAUAAUGUUGCAAACCUUUACAGACAGGAAGGGUGGGUCACUUUAUUGUGGGAGGUCUUGGGUUACCUACGAGAGUGUUCAAGGAGACAUGGUUCAGUGAAAGACUUUAUUGAAUACUCCCUUGAAAUGGCUGCGAUGCCAAUAUCAUCUGAUGCUAGUGUGCCAUCUUUCAAUUUUAAAGAAUGUGGCCCAGCUGGUCCUCCAACUAUCCAACAGCGAGAAAUCAUAAACAAGGAAGUUGUUGGGCUUGUCAGAGGAGAAUUAGGUUUUACAUCAAUUGAAGACAAUAAUAAUCUCACAGUAACUGAAGCUCAUCCCCUCCAUCUUGAGAUUGAUCUUGUCAGUCCCCUUAGAGUGGUAUUUCUUGCCUCAGUUGCUUUUCAUGAACAAAUAGUCAAGCCUGGUGCACCAACAUUGAUAAUGCUGUCACUUCUAUCGCACUUACCCCUUACUUUUGAGAUUGAUCAAUUAGAAGUUCAGUUCAAUCAAUCUCAUUGCAACUUUACUAUCAUAAAUGCUCAGAGACCUCCCUCAGCGGCAAUUUCCAGCGGUCAACAGGGUUGCCGAGUGGAGAGCACUCCUGUUCUAGCACUUGUUAUGAACAAAUGGCUACGGUUAAGAUAUGAAAUAAAAUCUGAGCAGAGUGGGAAGCUUGAAUGCAUAUCUGUAAUUGCAAGAAUAGGGCCCCACGUCAGUAUAUGUUGCAGAGCUGAAAGCCCUGCCUCAAUGGAUGAUUUACCGCUGUGGAGGUUUGAAGACCAUGUGGACACAUAUCCAACCAAGGAUCCUGCUCUAUCAUUCUCUGGUCAGAAGGCUAUUCAAGUUGAAGAACCAGAUCCACAGGUGGAUCUUAAUUUAGGUGCUUGUGGACCUGCAUUAGUUGGAGAGAAGUUCAUCGUACCUGUUACUGUGACCUCCAAGGGACAUGCAAUCUAUGCUGGUGAGUUGAAGAUUAAUCUAGUGGAUGCAAAGGGAGGUUUCUUGGUAAGUCCAAGGGACAUGGAACCCAUGUCUAAAGACGAUCAUCAUGUUGAACUUAUUGGAAUUGCUGGACCAGAAGGGGAAGACGAAUGUCAAACUGGUCCUGAUAAUAUAAGGAAAAUUCAGCAUUCUUUUGGACUGGUUUCUGUUCCAUUUCUAAACUGUGGAGACUCGUGGACCUGCAAACUAGAAAUCAAAUGGCACCGACCUAAAUCAGUUAUGCUAUAUGUGUCAUUGGGCUAUUCUCUGCAUAGCAAUGAAUCUACUUCACAAAAGGUCCACAUUCACAAGAGCUUGCAAAUUGAGGGGAAGACUGCUAUUGUAGUUGGCCAUCGUUUCAUGCUGCCAUUCCGACAAGAUCCUCUAUUGCUGCCAAGGAUGAAGCCACUUCCUGAUGCUGAUCAGUUGGCUUCACUGCCUCUGAAUGAAAAAAGUGUUCUCAUUGUUAAUGCAAGGAACUGCACUGAUGUUCCAUUGCAGUUAAUAUCCAUGUCUAUUGAAGCGGACAAUGAUGGUGCAGGGAGAUCAUGCAGUGUUCGACAUGGAGGCGAGGACAUAGUAGCUCCUACCCUUCUUGUGCCAGGAGAAGAGUUCAAGAAGGUCUUUCAUGUUAUUCCAGAGGUGAAGUCUUCCAAGCUGAGCAUAGGUACAGUAUUUCUAAGAUGGAGGAGAGAGUGUGGGAUCAAAGAGCAAUCCAGUUGUAAUACAGAAGCAGCUGGAGUUUUGACCAAGCAUGGACUUCCUGAUGUAAAUGUAGAGUUAUCUCCAUUGAUUGUGAGGUUGGAGUGUCCUCCUCAUGCCAUCCUUGGAGUUCCCUUCACAUACAUGAUUAAAAUUCAGAAUCAGACACAUUUGCUUCAAGAGAUCAAGUUCUCAUUGGGAGAUUCACCAAGUUUUGUGUUAUCUGGCUCCCACAAUGACACCAUUUUCGUUAUUCCCAAAACCGAGCACAGCCUCAGUUACAUGCUUGUGCCCCUGGCCUCUGGUUCACAACAGCUGCCAAGAGUUACUGUGACUUCAGUGAGAUAUUCAGCUGGGUUCCAACCCACAAUUGCUGCAUCAACGAUUUUUGUCUUUCCCUCAAAGCCACAUUUUGAUCGUGUGGUUGUGGUUGAGACAGGAGACAAUGCAGUGGAGUCCAUUGCAGCCUAAUAAAAGCCAAUCUGGGAUCUUGAAAUCCUCUGCAGAAGCCAGGUAGUGAUAGGGAUGCAGAAGCAUGAUUACUUAUUGAGUCUUCUUUGAUUGCCUCUUAUCAAUCAUUACACUUGCUGGUCCAAUGUGCUUGAAGCAAGCCCGUCGUUGCAUGGAACUUUUUGGUGCUGGACUCGUCCAGGAUUCCUGGGACGCCUGCUAUUGGGGACCCUAGGGCCCCUUAGUCGGUUGCCGCUGGCCCAUUUUGGGGGAUUUGGAAUUGUAACUACUGCUGCUGGUGAGUGGUGGGGUGAUUGGUUUUGUAUUUCAGGAGAUAUUGGUUUUGAAAAGGAGGUUAUUAUCUAUAGUCAAAUUCCUGCGCUCUCGGUUGUAACAGAAUCAUUUGAUGUGUGAAAGUCUCAAUAAAUUCGUCUCUGCACAUGAAGUGA